AGAGGUCCAAUAGCCAGAGCGCUUCUGGAGCAUGGCGCAAAGAUACUUCCUACUCUCCACGGUCGACAGACACCCCUUCACAAGGCCAGUGUUGAAGGAUGUGUGGAAACAACAAAGGUACUCCUCGAGUAUGGGGUCGAUAUCAACGCCCGAGAUAUUGAGGGACGGACAGCACUAUAUAUAGCCAGGUCAGACGGCUUCGCCCAGGUCGUCCGAGUGCUUUUG